AUGCAGCUCGCCUCGGCAGCCACCGUCACCACCUGCGGGUUCCAGCUGCUCAUGUUUGGCGGCCGGAAGGCCGGCAUCACGCCGGAGCAGUACCGCGACCACUACGAGAACGUGCACAUCCCCCUCAUGAGGAACCUGACCGGGGACACGUUCCCGCUCACCCACACGCGCCACUACGUCGAGCGGGGCGCGCCGCCCGACUUCCCCGCCGCCGUGCUGCCCGGCGGCGGCGACCAGGCCGACUUCGCCUACGACGCGGUGGCGGUCCUGACGUACCGGGACCGGGCGCACUUCGACGCCAACUGGGCCUUCUUCGAGGACCCGGAGACGGCGCGGAUCAUCAGGGAGGACGAGGCCGAGUUCUCGGCGUGGACGAAGGGGGUCUUUAUUGGGCCGACGAUCACGACUGACACGCGGGCCUGA